AUGGGUUAAUUGAAUUAUUUAUGCUCCACUUAUAAACAAAAAUAUUUAGAGGAGAGCGAAACUGCUCAAACUAAAUUUGCUCCUUAAAAAUAAUUAAGUACAAAUUAUGAAACUAGCACUGACAAAGAUAUUAUUUAGUCAAAAACUGCCCAAACUAAGUUUGAAUUUUAAAAUUACAAAAAUAGAAUUUUUGAAAAUAAUACAAAUGAAGAAAAUAUUUAGUCAAAAACUGAUCAAAAUAAAAUUGAUUCCUAAAAUUACUAAAGAAGAAUUGAUGAAAAACAGAAGAAGGUAACAUCUAUGUAAAAGUCUCAAACUAAAUUUGCUCCUUAAAAAUAAUUAAGUACAAAUUAUGAAACUAGCACUGACAAAGAUAUUAUUUAGUCAAAAACUGCCCAAACUAAGUUUGAAUUUUAACAUUAAAAAAAUAGUAUUUUUGAAAAUAAUACAAAUGAAGAAAAUAUUUAGUCAAAAACUGAUCAAAAUAAAAUUGAUUCCUAAAAUUACUAAAGAAGAAUUGAUGAAAUACAGAAGAAGGUAACAAUUAUGUAAAAUUGGAUGAAAUUUCACUCCAUAUCAAUGCAAUAAUACAAUUUUUGA